AUGGCUGUCCUCACGUCACAAGUCUCGGUAGCGAAGAAGCGAAGAAUACAUGAUGAUGAUGUUUCGCAUGUGCAGAAACGUCAGAAAGUCGCCCCACCAGAUUCCACCGAGGCCGCCCAGGCAGAGAUUUUAUCCCUAGAAACUAAUAUACUCAAAUCGAAAAAGAAUUACAAUGAUAUUCUUACUCUGUUGAACUGUAUGAAGGGUAAACAUGACCAUGAUGAGAAAGCUUUGGCGGCAGCGGUCGCUCUAUGUCGCGUUUUCUGCCACUUGAUGGCGUCGGGGUCGUUGAAGAGGACCAGAACGUCUCCAGAGAGCGAUUUGAAAGUUAUUGAAUGGUUGAAUGAUCGACUUGUUGACUGUCAUGAGAAUCUACUAGGAUGGCUGAAAUCUACGAACCCAUUACUCUCUGGAAGUGCGCUGACACUCUUGAUGCGCUUAAUGGGCGAAGAAGCAAAGCAUGCAGACCAAACUGGCCAAGCUAUUGGGGUUGAGGGUGCUCUCUUUCCCCUAAUAGAUAUGUUGAUCAGUCAGUCGUGGAAAACCCAUAUCAAUGAAGAAUUUAUUAAGAAAUUCGUUGCUGAAUAUGAUGAUAUCAGAUAUUUUUCAUUUUCUCGUACUGCAGAACGAUUAGCCACUGAUGUUUCGGAGGAGCAACUCGACAAUAUCUUGUCCUUCCUUGCUGCCAUUCCCAUCUCGAUGAAGGAUGGGCAACACGAGCCAAGUUUGAUGGUGCUACAGCCUUCGAAAGCGAAAAGAGAGCUUGCGUGCUAUUCGUGCUCAUCUCAAUUGAAGCAAGCGCAACGAGCGUGGAUGGCUUUGCUCGCACAGCCGCUCACGAAAAGACAGAGUAAGUAUGUUUUGGACAUUCUACCAGCCCGGAUUGUGCCCUGGUUUUUGAAAGUCGAGCUUCUCAUGGAUUUCUUGACCGAUUCGUUUGACAUGGGAGGCUCAACUUCACUCACUGCACUGUCCGGACUUUUCCAUCUGAUACAGCAAAAAAAUCUUGACUAUCCGCACUUUUAUGUCAAACUCUAUUCAUUACUCAAUAAGGAUGUUUUGCAUUCAAAACAUCGAUCUCGUUUCUUCCGGCUUCUCGACACAUUCCUGGCUUCGACGCAUCUACCAGCAGCACUUGUAGCAAGCUUCAUAAAACGGCUUUCCCGUCUGUGUCUUUUUGCCCCGCCCUCCGGCAUUGUAGCUGUGGUACCUUGGAUUUACAAUCUACUGAAAACCCAUCCAGCUUGUACAUUCAUGAUACACCGGAUCACAGAACUCGAGGGGAAAAAUGAAGUUGAUUGGGGCGACCCUUUUCAGGUGGAUGAAUCAGACCCAAUGGAGACUGGAGCGAUAGAGAGUAGUCUUUGGGAGAUCGAGACAUUACAAUCUCACUACCACCCAAACGUUGCAACGAUUGCAAAAAUAAUAUCUGAGCAAUUUACAAAGCAGGCCUAUAAUGUAGAAGACUUUCUCGAUCACUCUUAUGGAACAAUGCUCAAUGCUGAGCUCUCAAAAGACUUGACGAAGGCACCGGAGAUCGAGUACGAGAUUUCGAAGAAGAUUUUGACCAAGAUGGAUCCUCAAUCGGGCAAUGAAGAUAGCCUUCUAGUGAAGCUCUGGGACUUUCUUAAUUAG